AUGGGAUCUUCACCCGCGUGUACGAUCUUGUUUGAUGACAAUGUGCACGGUGUGUUUUUUGCUGGCCAAAAAUUCACUGGCACAGUCGAUAUUGAUCUUCCGAAGGCGAAGAAAGUGAAAGGAAUUUCGCUAAAAGUAACCGGAUUAGCACGUGUCCUGUGGUCGGAAACGUACGGCACUGGUACGACGAUCGUAUUCCAAGGAAAGGAAGAUUUCCUCAAACAUUCCAUGGACUUUGUACGCUCAGAAACGGAUGAACCGAUCGUGGUGGAACCGGGUCGUCAGGUGUACAAGUUCGCUUUGGUGCUACCAACCACACUGCCCACGUCCUUUGAAGGCGAUUAUGGCUACAUUCGCUAUACGGUUCGAGUCGUGUUUGAACGGCCGUGGAAGUUUGACCAAAGCUACAAAAUAGCAUUCACCGUGGUGAAUCAGCUGAACCUCAACACCGUGUCGCCUCCAGUGAACGUGGCGGUAGUGCAAGAGCACAUCAAACACUUUUACUGUGGUCCGUGCCGUUCCCCACCGCUCGCCAUUAACGUGCUGCUGCCGAUGACGGGAUACGUCCCGGGACAGUUUAUUCUCGCCAAGGCGGACAUAUCGAACGGCUCCAAUAAGUCUAUCAGUGAGGUGAAGCUGAAGCUGCGCCGCCGAGUGAGAUACUGCAGCAAAACACCGUACGAUCAUGUGCGCUCUGUCUACAACACGCUAGCCAAGUUUCAGUGCAGUGGUGUCGAUGCCAAGGGUUCGGCAGGAUACGAACGACGGUUUCUCGUCCCUUCCGAAGCUCCGACUCGCAGCGACACCAUCAUCCGCAUCGAGUACUUCGUGGAGGUCACUGCCAAAGUGGUGGGUAUGGCCUACAGCCCGCAGGUGCGAAUUCCCAUCACAAUCGGAACGGUGCCGCUGAUGAACCUCAGCCAACGACAGCAGAGGGCGUCCAUUGUCGAAGCACACAUGACGACCGCUUCCUCCUUACCACGAAAGCUCUUCCACGGCAGUGUGCAGUCGCUUAUGGUUCCUCACACAUUUGAAAAGUCCGCUGGUCGUGUCGAUGUUAACAUACUGGAGGAUGACGAGGGCCCGUCGUUGGGUACGGUGCCAUUUUCACCGCGCUAUCCGAUGUACCAUUUCGACACAGAUAAUACACCUGGGAGGCAGAGUGUCGUGCCACCGUACCAGCAUGUCCAAGCAGCACACACCAAAGCAGAUAAAAUUCCACCGAACAACCCACCAACGGCGGACCGAUAG